AUGGAUAGAAAUUCAUUGACCUUAACUAUUCUCUUUACCAGACAUCAUUCAUUUCACAGUCGCCAUAUUCAUCAAAGUAAUCAAGAAAUUCCAGUUCAUAAUAUGAAAUCAUUCAAUAAGAGAACUAGACAGUCAGGUGUUUUGGGCAUUGGACCUGGAACUGAGAAACCAGAUUCAGGAAAUCUAAUCCAUGCUUUUGAUGGAGAAGACGAAUACGUUGAAGCACAAGUAAAGGAUUCUAAUGAAUUCUCUGCAGUGAAAUGGCUUCGUUUGAAUACUCAAUAUUCAAAUAAAUAUCAAAUCAAAGAUCAUGGUCGGUUAAAUACUAAACAUCAUAUUGUAUUGAACAUUACUUUCCAGAUACCCAAUGAGAUUGAAACGAAUUCAUCUGUUAAGUUGAUCUAUGAACCACCUCAUGAAGAUGAUCAUUACAGGAAAAAAGAAAUACUUUCCACAUAUCUGGUGAAAUCUGGGAUGUUGAUUGAGUUUACUCCUAUUCCAAAUUGUAGUGAAUACAAAUUUUGUGAAGACUGUACUAAAGAUUAUACAUCUGGAAGAAAGUGCCAUUGGUGUCCGAAAUUCAACACGUGCAGACACCUUCGUGAUAUCGAUAUUGAAACCUUGCUUGGAAAAGAUUGUGCUAUCCAACAAAUAGGAAUUUGUUCAUAUUCAACUAACGGAAUGAUCGAACAUGUUCCAACAGAAGAAUCAACCGUUAAACAUAAUAUAGAAUCUACAAACCUUAUAACAUUGACUUCAAAUAAGACUACAAUGGAAUCAAUCACUACUGAAAAUAUAUCACCUAAACAACCGUUAAUGAACACCGAUGAGUUAAGCAAAAUUAACGAAUCUUCCGUAAACGACCAUCAAACCACUUUCCCACAGGUCACUAUAUAUCAAUCAUCUAGUAGACCGAUUCAAAUUACUACUCAUAUGAUCAUAAAAGUUACUGAAGACAAUCCAAUCACAUCCAAACAGCUUCUAUUCUCUCGUGAUAUAUUACAGAUAUAUUCAAUCACAUUUAUUAAUGAAGUCACUCGUCGUUUAUACAUUCGUCUUCUAAUGCCAUUCAUAAUUGUGAUCAUUGUUCCAAGCAUUGUAUUUUCAGUUUGGCUAUUCAGAAAACGACACUAG